UUUAUUUUAAUCUAAACCCCGUUGUGAGAAGAGAAUAUUGACUUAUAUAAAUAGAAUGUGAAACUGAUUCGCUUUCUCUCACUCACACAAUAUAAUCAGUUUUUUUAUUCCCUUCUUACUCGCCGCUUUUCUCUGCUGAGAUUCUCUCCCUUCUUUAUAAACCAAACCCCUUCUUCUCUCUCUCUCAGUCAGAUCCGAGUUAUGGAGGUAGAGCGAGCGAAGAAAGACGACGAUCUCAAUUCCGCGGCGGCAACAGAUGGAGGAUCCGCCGAAGAAGUCUCCGUCGAGAGAAUCUUCGAGGCGAGCGCGGAGGUUCCUCCGCCGUGGCAGAAUCAGCUCACAUUUAGAGCGAUGAUCGUGAGUUUUAUCCUCUCGAUUCUCUUCACUUUCGUCGUGAUGAAGCUGAAUCUCACUACUGGAAUCAUCCCGUCACUCAAUAUCUCCGCCGGUUUACUCGGUUUCUUCUUCGUCAAGACGUGGACGAAGCUUCUUCAGAAAGGUGGAUUUCUCAAACAACCAUUCACUAGGCAAGAGAACACCGUGAUUCAAACCUGCGUCGUCGCUUCCUCCGGCAUCGCCUUUAGCGGAGGAUUUGGUAGUUAUCUCUUUGGGAUGAGUGAUAUUGUUGCUAAACAAUCAGCCGAAGCCAACACUCCUCUCAACAUAAAGAAUCCUCAUUUGGGUUGGAUGAUUGGAUUUCUCUUUAUCGUCAGCUUUCUUGGUCUUUUCUCUGUGGUUCCCCUUCGGAAGAUCAUGAUAGUGGACUUCAAAUUGACAUAUCCUAGUGGUACUGCAACUGCUCAUCUCAUCAACAGCUUCCAUACACCUCAAGGAGCAAAACUUGCCAAGAAACAAGUGAGAGCAUUGGGGAAGUUCUUCUCAUUCAGUUUCUUGUGGGGUUUCUUUCAAUGGUUCUUUACUUCUGGUGACGACUGUGGUUUCGCUAACUUCCCUACAUUUGGUCUCAAAGCCUAUGAAAACAAGUUCUACUUUGACUUCUCGGCUACAUACGUUGGUGUUGGAAUGAUUUGUCCUUACCUAAUCAAUGUAUCGCUUCUCGUUGGAUCAAUACUCUCUUGGGGUAUUAUGUGGCCUCUCAUAGGUGCCCAAAAAGGCAAAUGGUACUCUGCUAAUCUUGGCUCAACUAGUCUCCAUGGUCUUCAAGGCUACAAGGUGUUUAUAGCCAUAGCUAUGAUCCUCGGUGAUGGUCUAUACAACUUUGUCAAAGUCCUAGGCCGAACCGUCUUCGGUCUAUACAAGCAAUUCAAGAACAGAGAUGUUCUUCCCAUCAACGAACGUUCAUCACCAACGACCAUAACCGUUUCUUACGACGACAAACGAAGAACAGAGCUUUUCCUCAAAGACAGGAUCCCAUCAUGGAUCGCUGUAACAGGUUACGUAGUCAUGGCCAUUGUCUCAAUCAUCACAGUCCCACACAUCUUCCCUCAGCUCAAAUGGUACCACAUUUUGACAAUGUACAUAAUCGCACCGGUCCUAGCCUUCUGUAACGCCUAUGGUUGCGGACUCACCGACUGGUCCUUAGCUUCAACUUACGGCAAACUCGCCAUCUUCACCAUUGGUGCUUGGGCCGGCGCGGCCAACGGGGGAGUCUUGGCCGGUCUCGCGGCUUGUGGUGUAAUGAUGAACAUUGUCUCGACCGCUUCUGAUCUUAUGCAAGAUUUCAAAACCGGUUACAUGACCUUAGCCUCACCGAGAUCAAUGUUCUUGAGCCAAGCCAUUGGAACAGCUAUGGGCUGCGUCAUCUCUCCUUGCGUCUUCUGGCUUUUCUACAAAGCCUUCCCGGACUUUGGUCAAACCGGGACCGCGUAUCCCGCGCCUUACGCGUUGGUCUACCGAAACAUGUCGAUACUUGGAGUAGAAGGCUUCUCAGCUUUACCUAAACACUGCCUCAUGCUCUGUUACGUGUUCUUCGCGGCCGCGGUGAUUGUGAACGCCGUUAGGGAUCUCGUUGGGCCGAAAUGGGCUCGGUUUAUCCCGUUGCCGAUGGCUAUGGCUAUACCGUUUUACAUCGGAGGUUACUUCACGAUCGAUAUGUGUGUGGGGAGUUUGAUUUUGUUCAUAUGGAGGAAGCUCAAUAAACCAAAAGCUGAUGCUUACUCUUCAGCUGUUGCUUCUGGUUUGAUUUGUGGUGAAGGGAUUUGGACAUUACCAAGCUCUAUACUUGCUUUAGCUGGUGUUAAGCCUCCUAUUUGCAUGAAGUUCUUGUCUGGUUCUACUAACCUCAAGGUUGAUUCUUUCUUAAGCCCUUCUUAAGUAUGUAUUUUAGUUUGGUUUUUAGAAUAUGGUUUUCUUAUUUUCUAUGGUUCUUUGUCUAUCUCUCUUAGUUUUUAAUUGGUGUUUUUAGGUUCUCUGUUUUUAAACUUUGUGGUUAUUUUUUUAUAUUUCUACUCAACUAUGUAUAAAAAGAAGAAUGAAAUUAUUGGUUUUCUGCUUUGCUCUUUCUUCUCUUCUAACUCUAAUUAAAUUACAAACAAACUUGAAGAACAGAGUCCAAUUGUAAUGUUAUCGUACUUGAACAUCAUUGUUUGUGUUAAACUGAUACAGAACUUGCCACUUUCCGAGGUAAGACAUUCGCUUUUGUAAAUUCACAAACCAAUUUGAAACGCAGCAUCAAAAUGCAUAAGCUCUGUUUUAUAUGCCGACGGCUG